AAGAACGUUGUACUCGGCCGCAGUCAGUUCGUACAAAUACACUCAUUAUUUUGGUCACAUGAUUUCAAGAUGCCAUCAACACCACAAUUGUCUCCACAGGAGGAGCAAGAGAAGCUCCUCGAGGAAGCCACAAAUGUCGUCAAGAAUCAGGCUUUUCAAAUGAUCCGCUGUCUAGACAAGGGAAAACUGAUGGAUGGCCUGAAGCAUGCAUCAUCAAUGCUAGGAGAACUCCGGACAUCUAUGUUGUCACCAAAGAGCUACUAUGAAUGUUACAUGGCCAUUUCGGAUGAACUUCGUCAUCUGGAAGUGUAUCUGGUGGAGGAAUUUCAGAGAGGACGCAAGGUGGCUGACUUGUAUGAGCUUGUCCAGUAUGCAGGAAACAUUGUUCCCCGAUUGUACCUGCUGAUAACUGUUGGGGUGGUGUAUAUCAAAGCAAAUGAACUAUCUAGACGUGACAUUUUAAAGGAUCUUGUAGAAAUGUGUCGUGGUGUGCAGCAUCCACUGAGAGGACUUUUUCUGCGUAACUAUCUACUGCAGUGUACCAAAAACGUUUUGCCUGACACAGAGGAGGACGCAAGUUCUGGAGAACAUGAAAGUGGAACUGUUGAUGAUUCUAUUGACUUUAUCUUGCUCAACUUUGCUGAGAUGAACAAACUGUGGGUUCGAAUGCAACACCAGGGCCAUUCUCGCGACCGGGAGCGUCGGGAACAGGAAAGAAGGGAGCUUCGUAUCCUUGUGGGAACAAACUUGGUUCGCCUCAGUCAGCUGGAGUGUAUUCAUGUUGAAAAAUACAAAAAGCAUGUGUUGCCAGGAGUUCUGGAGCAAAUAGUCAACUGCCGUGAUCCUAUUGCUCAGGAGUACCUCAUGGAAUGCAUCAUUCAGGUGUUUCCUGAUGAAUUUCACCUACAAACCCUGAAUCACUUCUUGAGAGCAUGUGCUGACCUGCAUAACAGCGUUAACGUCAAGAAUAUUAUCAUAGCUCUGAUUGACAGACUCGCUGCAUUUGCACAGAAUGAAGAAGGAAGUGGUAUACCAGCUGAUAUCCAGCUUUUUGACAUUUUUUCCCAACAGAUUGCACAGGUGAUUCAGAAUCGUCCUGAAAUGCCGCCUGAAGACAUUGUAGCUUUGCAAGUUGCUCUGAUCAACUUGGCACUUAAAUGCUAUCCAGACAAGGUAGACUAUGUGGACAAGGUCUUGGAGACAACAGAAGAGAUUUUCCACAGGCUCAACUUGGAUCACCUAGAGCAUGGAACUCCAGUGUCAAAAGAGCUGAUGAGGCUGAUGAAGAUUCCUGUGGACACAUACAACAACCUGCUCACAGUGCUGGAGCUUCAACACUAUGGACCCAUGUUUGAGUACUUCGACUUCAAAGGUCGAAAGAUAAUGAGCUGCUACAUUAUCAACAAUGCUCUGGAAAAUGAUAUAAAAAUACCUCUGCAGGAAAAUGUGGAUGCUAUUUUGAACAUUGUCAACUGUUUGGUCCAAGAUCAGCCAGAUCAGCCAGAGGAGCCAGAUGACCCUGAAGACUUUGCUGAAGAACAAGGCCUCAUGGGCAGGUUUAUUCAUUUGCUGGACUCUGAUGAUCCAAAUCAGCAAUUUUUGAUCCUCAACACUGCACGGAAGCACUUUGGUAGUGGAGGUGACAAGAGAAUCAAGUUUACAUUACCACCAAUUGUCUUUGCUGCAUAUCGAUUAGCCUUCAAAUAUUCCACACUCAAGGAUGAUGAUGAGAACUGGGAAAAGAAAUGUCAAAAGAUCUUCCAGUUUUGCCAUCAGACUAUUGGGGCCCUUCUUAAAGCUGAACAGGCUGAGAUCCCCCUCAGGCUUUUUCUUCAGGGUGCCUUAGCUGCUGGUCAGAUUGAGUUUGACAACUAUGAAACUGUGGCCUAUGAGUUUAUGUCCCAGGCAUUUUCCCUGUACGAAGAUGAAAUCAGUGACAGCAAGGCCCAGUUGGCUGCCAUCUCUCUCAUCAUUGGCACAUUGGAACAGAUGUCCUGUUUUGGUGAGGAGAAUCAUGAACCCCUCCGAACACAGUGUGCUCUGGCAGCAUCUAAACUCUUGAAGAAACCAGACCAGUGUCGAGGUGUUUCAACUUGCUCCCAUCUCUUCUGGUCAGGAAAAUCUGCAGCAAAUCAAGGGGAGAUGCAGGAUGGGAAAAGAGUGUCAGACUGUCUAAAGAAAGGGGUAAAGAUUGCAAAUCAGUGCAUGGACAGCUCAGUACAAGUUCAGUUGUUUGUUGAGCUGCUCAAUCACUACAUCUACUUCUUUGAGAAAGGUUGUGAUCAAAUAUCUGUUCAAGUGUUGAAUCAGAUCAUUUCCAAAAUACGGGAAUAUCUUCCAAACCUGGAGGCCAAUGAGGAGACCGAGCAAAUCAAUAAGCACUUUAACAACACUCUGGAGCAUCUGCAGCUACGAGCAGAGAGAAAAGACACAGAACAGCCGUAUGAAGGCUUGGUACUGUAAGUGGCAUCUGUAGGACAUUCAUGUGUACUUAACAUCUCUAUAAGUGUAUAGUUGAACAUACUUUACACUGUGGUUGCGAGCUAAUUGGGGGGGAUAUGCCCAUCAACAUAACAGGGCUCACAUUUGUCCCUGGCAUUUAAAAAAACUAUUGAGGAUUGUGUGUUUUAAACAUUAUUCAGAUAUUAUUUUAUCUAAGCCAAAAGAGCUGAUACUAGUAUGGGAUAUGUUCUGCAGUAGAUUAAAGGUGUUUCAGUCUGAUUUUACCAUGAAGCCAUAUUAUCAUAUUUCUGCUGCUAAGACUUGUGCUUUGCACUGAUUGAAUGGAAUUUGUUUGUUUUAUGGUAGUUACAAGUAACUUGAUUCAUCAUGUUCUCUCAACUUUGUUGUAACUGACAAUAGGGGGGAUACAUCACUUCUAAGAAACUGCUGUACAGUCAUUGUGCUAGUGUGCUUUACCAUAUACUCUGCAUCGACAUGACAAGAACAUGAACAUGAGGAUGUUAUGUACUGUUGUCUGACAAAACAUAUUAAGCCAUAAAUGUAAAAAAUCCAAAAGUCAUGUGUUUUUGUUAUGCUGUUAACUGUCAAUAAAGAAACAACUUAUGAAGAGCAA